AUGACCACCAACGGCCACCAACCCCACGACCCUCCAACGAAGACCGGGAUCCGCGUUGUCAUCGUGGGUGCCGGCUUCGCAGGUCUUACCGCGGCAAUCGAAUGCCAUCGGCAUGGUCAUACGCCAAUCGUGGUGGAAAAGUUCCCGUCCUUGAAGCCAUUGGGUGACAUUAUAUCCUUUGCGCCCAACUCGUCAAGAAUCUUCGACCGUUGGCCAGGGGUCGCGCAGAAGCUUGACCCCAUCUCCCUAAGGCCACCAGGGCUCACCAUCAAGUCUUUCAAGGGCGAUACACUGUACCACCAGGUUUGGACUGAAGAGGAAACAAAUUGGGGUCUCAGAUUUGAUGGUCAUCGCGGCGAGUUCCAUCAAAUUGUUUUCCAGCACGCCGUUGAGCACUGUGGUAUCGACGUUCGUCUGGGCGCUACAGUAGUGGACUAUUUCGAGGAUGACAAUGAGGCUGGAGUAGUGCUCGAAGGCGGCGAGAAGAUCUCUGGCGACGUGGUUUUGGCAGCCGAGGGCGUUCGGUCCAAAGGGCGUACCACGGUACUUGGCUACGAAGAUGCUCCCAAGCCUUCCGGAUACGCCGUGUACCGCUCCUGGUUCUCAACCAAAGACACGGUAGCGCAGGACCCUGAGCUGGAUUGGCUGGUAAAGAAUGGAGACAGGCAUGUCGCAUGGCUUGGCCCAGAUGUGCACUUCAUCGCUGCAACGCUCAAGAAUGGCGAGGACAUAAGCUGGGUUUGCACGCACAAAGAUGACAAAGACAUUGGCGAGUCCUGGCAGUGGGAGGCACCAUUGUCGGAUGCCCGCAAGGUAUUGGAAGGUUGGGAGCCUAAUAUUCAACGCAUCCUCGAUCGCACACCAGAGCCCUUGAUAGACUGGAAGCUCGUGUAUCGGGAUCCCCUCACAACCUGGAUCUCCCCGAAACGGCGCAUUGCUCUGAUAGGCGACGCCGCUCACCCUUUUCUGCCAACAAGUAUUCAAGGCGCCAGCCAAGCAAUGGAGGACGGGGCAACGAUUGCCGUUUGUCUCAAACAGGCGGGAAGAGGUCGUGUCAGUGAAGCAGUGGAAGUCUUUGAGGCACUGAGGUAUGAGCGCGUCAAGAGCGCGCAAAAGACUGGCGAGCAGACAAGGGACAUCUGGCACAAGGCUGAUUUCGGCGCCGCCAAAAAGGAUCCUGAAAGCUUUCGAUUGAGGCGGGAGGAAUGGUUGCUCAACUUUGACGCCGAAAGCUAUGCGGAGAGGGAAUACCAGCGCACUGUCGAGGUCGUGCGUGAGAAAGGGGUCCUGGAGGCUAGAGAGUUGCACAUUCCGGCCGGUCGCUAUGGAUAUCUCGAGUACAAUGGUUCAAUUGAGAAGAACUGA